CUGUCCCAGAGUGGAGGCGAAGGUCUGGGAGUGUUUCGAGGAGAAAGGGAGGACAGCCGGGAGGCGUGUUCCCCUGGAGUUUUCUUUUUCUUGCGAGCCUUCGCGCGCGCGCGCGCGUACAGUCAUCCCUUUAGUCUGGCGAUUGCGGACGGGCGGUGGAGAGGCUCCGUCCCACUCGGUGGCCGGAGGCUGGAGGCUCGGGAAGACCUCCCCGGAGGAGCCGUGCCCAGGAAGCUUUCCGAAGCGGAGGCAGCUGUGCUUCCCGGGCUGCCGCGGCGUGGGAGCCGGGGACAGCCACCACCCACCCUCGCCGGCUCCGCUUCCUCCCGCCCAGGCGCGGCGCGCGGACCCGGCAGCUGUUUGAGCCCGCCGAGCUCCACGGUGAAAAAAAAAAAAAAGCAAGUGUGUAAAGGGAAGGUAGUAAGAGACAUUUCCUCAAAUUUGCAUCACGAUGGAAACCUUUUGCCUCAAGGUGUCCUUCUGGGUAGCGCUGGUUGGAUGUGUGAUCAGUGAUAAUCCUGAAAGCUACAACACAAACCUAAGUACUCCAGUGGAUGAUUUCACCACUUUUCGUGGGACAGAGCUCAGCUUCCUCGUUACCACUCAUCGACCCACUAAUUUGGCCCUACCUAGCAAUGGCUCAAUGCACAGCUAUUGCCCACAGCAGACUAAGAUUACUUCAGCUUUCAAAUACAUUAACACUGUGAUAUCUUGUACUAUUUUCAUCGUGGGAAUGGUGGGGAAUGCAACUCUGCUCAGGAUCAUUUACCAGAACAAGUGUAUGAGGAAUGGCCCCAACGCGCUGAUAGCCAGCCUUGCCCUUGGAGACCUUAUCUAUGUGGUCAUUGAUCUCCCUAUCAAUGUGUUUAAGCUGCUGGCUGGGCGCUGGCCUUUUGAUCACAAUGACUUUGGCGUAUUUCUUUGCAAGCUGUUCCCCUUUUUGCAGAAGUCCUCGGUGGGGAUCACCGUCCUCAAUCUCUGCGCUCUCAGUGUUGACAGGUACAGAGCAGUUGCCUCCUGGAGUCGUGUCCAGGGAAUUGGGAUUCCCUUGAUCACUGCCAUUGAGAUCGUCUCCAUCUGGAUCCUUUCUUUUAUCCUGGCUAUCCCUGAAGCUAUCGGCUUCGUCAUGGUGCCCUUUGAAUACAGGGGUGAACAGCACAAAACCUGUAUGCUCAAUGCCACAUCAAGAUUCAUGGAGUUUUACCAAGAUGUGAAAGACUGGUGGCUCUUCGGGUUCUAUUUCUGCAUGCCCUUGGUGUGCACUGCAAUUUUCUACACCCUCAUGACCUGUGAGAUGUUAAACAGAAGGAACGGAAGCUUGAGAAUUGCCCUCAGUGAACACCUUAAACAGCGUCGAGAAGUGGCAAAAACAGUUUUCUGCUUGGUGGUAAUUUUUGCUCUUUGCUGGUUCCCUCUUCACUUAAGCCGUAUUUUGAAGAAAACCGUGUAUGAUGAGAUGGACAAGAACCGAUGUGAAUUACUUAGUUUCUUGCUGCUCAUGGAUUACAUCGGUAUUAACUUGGCAACCAUGAAUUCAUGUAUAAACCCAAUAGCUCUAUACUUUGUGAGCAAGAAAUUUAAAAAUUGUUUCCAGUCUUGCCUCUGCUGCUGCUGUUACCAGUCCAAAAGUCUGAUGACUUCGGUCCCCAUGAAUGGAACAAGCAUACAAUGGAAGAACCAUGAACAAAACAACCACAACACAGAGAGAAGCAGCCAUAAGGACAGUAUUAACUAAACAGCUUAAGAAACAUUAAUCAAUAUUCCUUCAAAGUCUGUUGAAGAGAAAAAAAAUCACGCAGCAACUGUGUUUCCAGAAAUCUUUUCUCCAAGUCUUCUCCCAUGAUGCAACCCCAACCCCAGAAAAAUGCUUUCCAAAACAUCAGAGCAUGGACUGGCUUAUAGUCACAAAUUCAAUGAAUCUUUCUUCUUUAAUUUAUCUAAUUUACAUAUUCUGCAUGUUAUAUUCAGCACCAAAAAAUGUUGGGAGUUAGCAGGGAGAAAGGAGACUGUUCAAUUAAACCAGAAGGAUAUUUGCUACUUUUGCAUGAAAAUAGAGUCUCCGAGUACUUAACAGCUUCCAUGGCAGUUCUGUGGAAUGUUCCAUAAACUCAGAACUGAGUUUAUCAUGUCAGUGAAAUAUAAUUAUCCCCAAAUGCCACCAUGAACUUACGGUUCUUCACUUCCCUGGGUUUCCAGUAUGAAUCGAAACACCUCCCCCACCCCUGCUCCUCACACGGUUACCAUUUCAAAGGGCCCACAGUGACUUUUGCUGGGCAUUUUCCAAGAUGUUUACAGACUGUGAGUACGGCAAAAAACCUUUUACUGUGUGUAUAUAAAUAUAUAUAAACAACUGUACAUUUCUUUUAGCCAAUUUUUCUGUGAUUGUCUUUAUGGAAUAUACUUGUGUGUGUGAUAUAUGCAUGUGUGUGACAGUAUGUAUGGACUUAAUGAAAUCUAAUAAUAAUGCCCUGUAGUUGUACUACAGCACACACUCUGAGUGGGUGGAAUCUAGUGGUUGUUCAUCAUGACAACUGGCCUUAGUUUUAAUAUAUCUGUGUUCACAAUCCUUGUGACCAUGUUGCCAUUACAAAUGGAAUAUGAGAGGCAGCAUGAAAGAGGAUGCACCAUGGGUUGACAAUAGGGUUUGUUUAAUUAGUUGGUUGGUUGGUUGGUUGGUUGGUUGGUUGGUUGGUUGGUUUGAUAAAACAGUAUUUGGGGUUAUACUUUUUCCUGUGCUAGAGCAAAAAUCAUUCAAUUUUGAAGUAGUAUAUUGUCCUAGUUCCUCAACUCAAUGUGCUGAUGAGACUGACAAGAGGUCUGAUGUUUCUAUCAGACUUCACCAGAUAGAUUGCUGAUGAUAAAUUACCUAAGCUGAUUUUUUGGGCUAUAUUUUAGCAUAGUCAUGUAUAAAAUGAUAUCAGGUUCCAGCUUGUGCCAUUGCAGGCCUCCUCUAUGUGUGAGCAGUCAAAUUCCGUUACUAUACUGGUGACUCACAUACAGUGAUAUAUACCUAUAAGCCAUAGUUUACAUCAUUUUGUUUAGACAAUUGUCUUCUUUUUAAAGAUAUUUUGUCUCUUGCAUAUUAAAAAUGCAUUUUAUAAGUUCAGAGAGUCAUAGAUUUCUGAAUAAAACACAGACUUCAAUGUGCAUUUAAUUUAUGGACCAGUAAGUAACCAUGAUUUACUAACAGGAAUAGUUCCAAUUUCUACCUUUACCACAUCUUUCCAAGUAGAUCUGUAGAAAUGAGCCAGAGGCCAAGGCCCCUGCAUUGGCAGUGGCCCAUAAGUAUAAAAUAAAAGUUUACAGAAGA